CGAAGCUUGAUCGAAACGUGGGGUGGCUUUGUGAUCAUGGAACAUGGCCGCCAGGGACGCCAGCGGGCCUCCGAAACCAUCCGCAAGCAGAAACGUAAGGAAUUGGAUGCUCGGCGCAGCAAAUGCCGCAUCCGUAUUGGCAGCCACCUGGAACAAUGGUGUCAGCUCAAGGAGCAGCUGGGUUUUUCCUUGCACUCCCAGCUUGCCAAGUACCUGCUUGACAGGUACAGCUCACAAGGCUGUGUGCUCAAAAUGGGACAGGACAGUUCCAGUGCAACUGCCACCCCUCUUCCUGCUGAUGCACUGCAGAACCUUGUGGUCCUGUCUCACAACCAUAGCCAGGAAUGUGGCUUCAUCCCUGACAUGAAGUCCUCGUUGUUGGCACAGAAAGGAGCUCCGGGUGGCCUGGUCUGGGAGUGCCUGGCAGGUCACACCUUCUCUUGGAGCCCCCCCAACCCACUGCCCUCCACGCCACCUCCCCGCAAAGCAGCCUCUAGACGCAGGGAGGAGAAAAUAGCAAGUUCCAAGGCCAGCCCUCCCCCCUCCCCUAUCAUCCGACGCCGGCGCUCCCUCCGCAGGGCAGCUGCAGCCCAUGCGUUUUCUUUAGCCCUCGCUUCUGACUCCCCGUGUCCAGUGGAUGAGGCAGAGCUACCUUCUAAGGAAGAUGGGCAGGGCAGUGUGGACCAAGAACAAACAGUGUGCUUGUCUCCCAGUGGUGGAACAGGCCUUGGCGAGGAGGCAGAACUGCUUGAUAGUGACAAGACUGAGACGGCAGCUCCCUCCCAAGAGGUUCCAAGUAGCACAGAAAUCGCAGUGCCUGAAAGCACUUUGCCCCUGCCAGAGGGAAAGCCAGAGUCAGAGCCUGACCAACCAGAGGAGGAGGAAGGAGGAGGAGAGGAUUUGGCAGAGGAAGACCACUUGGCAUACACAGAUGACCUGCGAGAUGAAAAUUAUCAUCCUUCCCUAGACAGGGACUCCUGGCUGCCAAGACUUCAACACUUGGCCAAGUGCUUCAAGAGGCCUGCAAAAGAGAACCAGCUGUCCAGUGAAACUUUCCCCCCUAGCCACAGCCCCUCUGAGGAGAAAAGUGGCGAAGCAGGGUGUAAGAAGCAGGCACAGCCUGGUGAUGAAGAUGUUGUCCAGAUUGGUCCAAAGAGAAUCAGGAAGGCAGCCAAGCGAGAGAUCCUCCUCUGUGACUAUGAUGGCUGCGGGAAGAUUUUCUCCAACCGGCAGUACUUGAAUCACCACAAGAAAUACCAGCAUGUUCACCAAAAAACAUUCACCUGUUCGGAUCCCAGCUGCGGCAAGUCUUUCAACUUCAAGAAACACCUCAAGGAGCACGAGAAGCUGCACAGCGACAAGCGAGACUACAUCUGUGAGUUCUGUGCCCGCUCCUUUCGCACUAGCAGCAACUUGAUCAUUCACAGGCGAAUCCACACAGGAGAAAAGCCCUUACAGUGUGAGAUCUGUGGGUUCACCUGCCGCCAGAAGGCCUCCUUGAACUGGCACAUGAAGAAGCACGAUGCGGACUCCUUCUACCAGUUUUCCUGCGACCUCUGUGGCAAGAAGUUUGAGAAGAAAGACAACGUCACCGCUCACAAGAGCAAGAGCCACCCUGAAGCAGCCGCUGGGCCUCCCCAGCUGGUGUGGGUGCCCCCAGUCCUGUGUCUCCCAAUCGUAAUGGAGCCUCAAAACCAGCCCAGUGACACAGAAAAGAGCAGGGAGGAGUCUGCCCUUGCUGCCAUGGUCGCUAUGGACUGAAGGA